CAACUUCAAGGCGAGUUGAGUGAGCAGUCACAAUUUCCGAGGCGUAAAAUUGCCUCGACGUAUCGAGAGUAUUAUUUCGCGAUAUCAUGGGUGGAUUGAUAAUUGUUCGGGAAUUUUUCUGUGUUCGCAGCCCUUUAAAAGGGACCACUAAGGAAUAGGUGCGUGACGUCAUUGCGUUCUUUGUGGAUAUUUUGUUGUGGAAAUACAAGUGCGAGACGUUUGCUCGAUCGGCGCGCUUUUCAGUUCAAAAGUAGUUUUAUUUCUGGAAAUUUUCAAAAUAAUCUAGGAAAAUGAGUUCCGCGGAAACCAAGACAAACAAUAGAAAAAUUAAUAGGACUGAUAGUGAAGUGGCAUGUGAAGAAGCAGCCCGUUUAACAGCAGAACAACAAGAAGAUGAAUUCGAGGAUGAGUACUGCUAUUACCACGAUCUUCCGCCCCCUCCCGAUGGGGGGUACGGUUGGGUCGUGGUAUUCGCUUCGUUCAUGUGUAACAUGAUCGUGGACGGUAUAGCCUAUACGUUUGGUAUUUUCCUCUCCGAUAUAGUAUUUUAUUAUGAUGAAACUAAAGGAAGAACGGCCUGGGUGGGAUCCCUCCUUUCGGGAAUGUACCUUAGCGCGGGUCCGCUAGUAAGUGCUUUGACGAACAAGUUCGGUUGUAGAGCAGUGUGUAUUUCGGGAAGUAUUAUUGCCACUAUUGCUUUCGUAUUAUCGAUAUUCAGUCCAACUGUGAACUGGCUUAUGUUUACGUAUGGAUUUAUAGGAGGAAUCGGUUUCGGUUUGAUCUAUCUGCCGGCAGUAGUUUGUGUCGGGUACUAUUUUGAAACAAAGAGGUCGCUAGCAACGGGAAUAGCAGUAUGUGGAUCAGGUGUAGGUACAUUCACUUUCGCGCCUCUAGCUACUGCUCUUUUGGAAGAAUACGGUUGGAGAGGUGCAAAUCUUAUACUGGCAGGGCUGAUUCUCAAUUGUAUCUUAUUUGGUGCUUUGAUGAGACCAUUGGAAUAUCCAAAAGAUGGCGGAGAGAAACCUCUUUUGCAGCGAAUGGCAGAAGAACGGAAGUUGGCGAUGGAAAGAGGCAGUAUCGGUGGAUCUUACUUUAUGGUGCAACUUCCUGAUGGAACUAUGGAGAAAAGACAGAAGCAACCUAUUAAUAGAGAUCCUGGAGUUCAUUCUAGUUUAGCUUUAGAUCAACUAGCUGCAGGAAGUAAUAUUACACCAAUUCCCACUGUACCUACGCUUCCAACUAUAACAGAAGCUAAAGUCACCGAACAUAGCGGCAGCUCUGGAACACCUAGUCCAAGAGAAAGUAUUACGGAGAUGAAAUCCGGUAAAAAAGUAGAAAACGGUCCGUCGGAAACAAGCCAAAGAGUAAGAAGAGAUUCGGAUAACAGCGCCAUCGAAGUACCUAGAAACCCUAAAAUUAUACCUAGAAAUGCUAGUCAACCGGCUUUUACAACGCACGUUCAAGGUUUACCGAAGAAUGGAUCUGUGCCUACUUUUGAUAGAAUGAGGAAAACUUCGUUCGGAGAGAGGUUCAAACCAACGUUAGUUCCUAUUAUAUCGUCUUCGAGAAAUGCAGUCAACAGUUCCAACGGAGAUAUGAGAAGAAAGAGAAACGACUCCACUGGUUCAUUCAUCAGUAGAAAUAUUAGCAGGAAUGCAAGUGAUGUUGAUGUCGAGAGUUUGGCAUUUACCUCCAAAUUGUCGAUCAAUAGUCGCAGAGAGCCUCGUCAAAUGGUCAGGCCACUAUCUAGGAAGGAUAUUUUUUAUUCUGGAUCUGUUUUGAACUUACCAGAAUACAAAUCUCAGAAAUCCCUGACCAACUACAGACAGAGCAUAUUGAGCAUACCCCAAAUAAAAGGAGAAGACGAUGGCACACCUGGUGAUAUAUGCCCUUGCCUGGUAUUACCUGAUAGUUUUAAAUCUGCACUGUCGCAAAUGUUGGACGUGAGCCUGUUGAAAAAUCCAGUAUUUUUAAUGAUAGGAAUUUCGAAUUUGUUCGGAAUGGCAGGCUUGUACAUACCUUUCGUCUACCUUGUUGAAUGCGCUAAAUUAGAUGGAAUUGAUUCUUCUAAAGCAUCUUUUUUGCUUUCCAUUAUCGGUAUAACAAACACUGUGGGUCGUCUGGUAUGCGGAUACAUAGCUGAUUUUCCACAAGUCAACGCACUCUUUGUUAAUAACUGUUGUUUAAUUAUAUCUACGAUAGCUGUAGCUUUAACUCCCUUAUGCCACACGUAUGGAUUGUACGUCACCGUAUCAAUCUUUUUCGGAAUCGCAGUAUCUGGUUACAUCUCUUUAACCUCAAUCAUCCUAGUGGAUCUGCUUGGCUUGGAAAAGUUAACCAAUGCGUUUGGUCUUCUGAUUCUUUUCCGAGGAGCUGCAGCCAUAAUUGGUUCUCCGCUAGCAGGUGCCUUAUACGAUGCAACCAAUUCCUACGAUGUACCUUUCUAUGUAGGAGGGGGUCUUUUUGCCAUUUCAGCCGUUACUAGCUUCUUAGCACCCUGCCUGAAAUGCUUUGUUCCCUCCGACGAACCAGCACCCGGAGACGGUGACGCUCUCACGCCUAUUGAUGAAGACGAUGAGGAGGACGAUGAACCAAUAACGAUGGGAGGGGGAAGUGCGAAGAACGUUAUUCCCACGAUAGUUGAAACAACUACUUCAUCACCUGAUGAAAAGGAAGAGAUACAACUGAAAGAGUCUGUUUUAUAAGUAUAUUGGUAGUAGGUUCAUGUGUUGAUUAAGAUGCCAUCGCCUGGAAAAAUGUUUACUAAUUAUUGGUUUUUCGUUCAAGUACGGUUCUUAAAUUUUCCUCGUUGUAAUGUUACAGUCCUUUUUAUGAGGUACCUAUAGGGAUAAAACGCGGCAAAACUAGCGUUUUGUCAAGAGAGAGUUGUUACAUUCUGAUCAACCAAGGAGGUACACUGAAUUGGACGGCAUUUGUAAUCUCUUUAGAUAAUAACACUUUAAACCUUACAAGAUCCAUCCUACGCGCUGGAAUAUUCUAAUGUCAGCCUAAAGUCAAUGUUGUCAAGAUAUUUGCUUGGUAAUUCGAUCAUAAAAAACGAUAGUACUAUACCAUAAUAUAGUUCAAUUUAAGAAUUGUAUGUUAAUUAAAGUUAUGCUGAUUUAUAUGCAGCUAAGAGUUGUCUGUGAUAUUGACAUGAAACUACAUUCGCGUUUUUUUAAGGGAUUGAAAGAACUUUUAUAUACUUUGGAAUUAAUAUUAAAUGGUAUAUUAGAUAUCAAUUUUUGUACGUAGCACCCCAGCCACCACUUCAAUAUUUUAAAGCUCUUAACAGAAUAUAGUUUUAAUUUCUUCUCUUUAGGAAAAUGGCAACCUUUUUUGUAAUAUAAAACAAGGUACAUGCCAGGGAGAGAAUUUAGAGUAUGCUUGUAAUGCCAAUAUUAUUCAAUAGUUUCAAUUGUAUUUACUCGUUGUGCGUCCAUUCUGAACUUUUCAAUGAACACAAAAUAUCAGGAUUAUGGAGAAAAUUUACGAAACAGCUUAAAAUAAUAAUCUGGGAAGAAUCAAAUACAAGAGCACAAAAGAAAAACGUGAAGAGUGAAAUUUACAGGCCACAACCUACGUACAAAUUUAGAUUUAUGUUCAAGAAUAAUGGAAACUAUAUCCAGGAACGUAAGAAAAAUAAUUGAUAAGACCACGUAAUAAAAGGAAGGACAAGGAAAAACUAAAAACAAUAGCAUUGCUUAAAAAAACUGUAGAGAUACUUAGAGAAAACUGAAUAAGAUUUGAGAAAAUGUUAUAUAAAGAAAAAUCGUAGAAAAGUAGGUUAAAUAUGAAUAGCGUAGCCUUUAAUCCGUUACCUUUCUUUUAACACUGAAUAUGAUGUACAACUAUUCUCUAAAAAAUGUAUUCUAGAUGCUUAUCAAAAAUUGGUCAAAUAACUUAAAAAAUUGUAACCCGUAUAAAGUACGAAAUAAUUUAACAUAACUGAUAAACAUUUUUCAGGUGAUAAAAGUAACUGAUGCCAUUAAUUGUUUUACAAAAAGAUAAUUAUAUAUAACACUUGAUGGAUUAAAGAGAGAUAUCCAUCUACAAAUUAUGUAAGUUAACAUGUCGAAGUUUUAAAAAACUGUUUUGGAAAUUUAUUGAUAAAAAAGAUUUUUAUAUAAAUAACAAAGUGCUAUUUAAAAAUGAUCUCUAUAUAAUUAAGAAUAUACUUAAAUCGAUUAUAUUAAUUACUUUUUAGUCCCACCUUAACAUGUGUUUAUUAAGGUUAGAUCUGUCUAAUUUACAAUGAUUGUGCAACUGUUUACUUUAGCCAUAAUUAGACGUGAUCAAAUAUUUUAGUGACAAUAAUCGGUAAUUGGAAAAAAUCUUUAUUUGAUGUUAAAUACAAAAUUGUAUUUUGGAAACGGCUUCCAAAAAUAAAGAAUUUUUAUUAUAAUUUUUGAUUUAUUCCCAACUAUAUACUUAAUAAUAAUUUACUGUAACUUUUGCCAGCUUAAUAAAACUUCUUUGCAAUUCGGAAAGGCCCAAAGUAUGAUGCCUGGGGAAAUCGGAAAGAAGAGGAUAUGGGAUUACUGAUGAGGAGGAAAAAACCUCAGAAACCGCUAUAGACUCUUCCUGCACUCUCCGAUUUAACCAGAGUAUUAUGCAGUUGCUGCAUUUUCGUGUUUCAAAGCAAUUGAAAAUGUUUUACAUUUUUAUUCAUUUACUCUUUUGUUGAGUACUAAGGAAUCUUUCUUGUUGGAACUUUUACCACGCUGAGCAGAUGGGUUGUGAAUUAUUUAAAAUUCUCUCAUCUUAAUUUCCUCGGCAUCCUGUAUAAUUUAUAAUUUUUGAAAAUCUCGGGAGGUUGUAACCAAAGAAAGUAUUCCACCUGUUGUCAAUCUGGUGGUAUGAGAACGAUAUUUAUUGUCGUUUUCUGUGCUACUUCGAUUGAUAACUUACUUUGUUUUUCGGUAGAUGGCUCUAGUACAUCCGUGACAUUUCGUUCUUUGCAAUUCGGAAAGACCCAAAGUAUGAUGCCAGGGGAAAUCGGAGAAAAGAGAAUAUGGGACUACUGAUAAGGAGGAAAAAACCUCCGAAACCGGUAUACACUCUUCCUGCACUCUCCGAUUUAACCAGAGUAUUAUGCCGCUGCUGCAUUUUCGUGUUGCAAAGAAAUUGAAAAUGUUUAUACGUUCAUAUUUUUCAUUUCUUAGUAUGUGACCAAAGUAGCUCAUUUUUCUUUGCUUCAUAGUGUUAGUAUUUCUUUUUCUUUUUUCACCUUUCGUAAUAUCUCCGUGUUUGUUAUGUGUUGUGUCCAUGAUACGGCGGCAUGAUACCAUGUGGCAGCGACCGUGAAAGGUAUCUAGUAGUAGGCAGGUGCUUGUAGAGGAUUAUCGCUGUUAACUGCUGUGGAAUACUAAAGUAGUAUUUAUUUAUAAUUCACACAAUGGUAAACACACUUGCAAUAUACAACCAUACUGAUUCUAACGUUUGAAACCGUGUGUAGAGUGUAGGCCACAUGCUGAGAAAUAAUAAGUACCACAACUUAUAGUGAAAGGAAAGAUCGAGGGAAAGAGGGGACUAGGAAGGAAAAGACUAUCGUGGUUCAGAAACAUCCGACAAUGGACAGAGCUAAAUUUUGAACAGGUAAUAAGAACAGCUGAAUACAGAGAAGAGUUUACAAUUGUAUGUAGUAGGGCCCUAACCUCCAUUGAGGAGAGGGCACUUUAAGAAGAAGAACGUAUACAGUAUUCGAUAUUUUCUACUUUAUUGAUGUCAAUGAUUAUUUGGACUAUUGCUUGACAUUUUCUUCUUUUAUCCUUUAAUUCGUCCAAUUUUGAACAUAGACUUCCCCCAGUUUCCUCCAUUCGUUUCUGUUUUGUGUUUUCUGUUUCCAUUGCGUUUCUCCUAUCUUUCUAAUCUCAUCUGGGGUCGUCCUCGUGCUCUCUUUCCUGUCCAUUGUAUCCAUUGUUGCAUCGUGCUAUUACACCUAUUGUCUGUUUGUCUUGCGUUGGGACCUGCGAAACUCCAUUUUAUCCUGGCUAUAUGUUGUUCUGCGUCUUUGACUUUUGUUUUAUUUCUUUUCCAGUUGUUUUGCUUUUUGUCUUUUGAUUUUACUCCUAACAUUGCCUCUCUCCAUGGCUCUUUAUGUCUUAUUUAAUUCAUUUGCAGUCCUAUACUUCAUUUAGUUUGUUUACAUCUAUUAUACUUCAUUUUACAUCUAUUCCAGCUCUUCAGUAUUCGUGCUCAAUAUCAUCAAUAUCAACUAUAUUAGCUAUGAACCGUAAGUGGUUUAAAAAGCUUGCAUCGAAGUUAAACCAUUCCAGUUACUUAAAAACGUUUUUUAGGGUUAAGGUAAACAGUUUUAAUGAGAUAGAAUGACUUUGUCUUACUCCUGUAUAAACACUAUAAUUAUCGCAAAUUGAAAUCCACUUUACUUCGUACAAUUACAAUACAUAAGUCUGAGAAUAUUUCGGAGCUACUAUUUACAUGGUUCGUUCAAAUUUAGAAAUUUUGAACGUUAACUUAGAUGUAAAGUACUAGAACCCAGUCGAGGCCUUUGUCAAACGAAAGAAGUUACAUAUGUUUUCGUUUUUUUUUUGUUUUUACGAAUUCAAACCGCUAGACGUGAAAGGGUAUGGGUCUUUAAGUUAUUAAAGCACAUUAUAAUGAUUGUGUUAUUAUUAAUAAUUAUUAAUUAAUUCCCAACAAAUCCCGAAGAUGGCGGUAACAGGUUACGGUGUAUGACUCUUAGUUCGCGUUCAUCCUACUUAAAUUACUUAAAAACGGUUUAAUGUAAUUAUUUCUGUUAAGAUGUACUUACAUUGCUUUGUACUUAUGGAGUACUUUUUUAUUUUCAAUAAUUUAAGUAUGAACAAUUUUGGUUUGUUUUAAAACGAUGACAUGUCAGCUUCAAACCAAUAUUAGGAGUCAAAAAUUAUUUUAUUUAUAUUUUGUGACUCUUUCUAUAUUUUGUAAUUCUUUAUACAUUAUAUAUUUUCAAUUAUCUAUCUUAGUUAGACAAGAUUUUAACUUAAAAAAUAUAAAUGUUACCAAUAAUUUUACAGAGCGUGCUAGAAGUUUUGUUAAUGAUAGAAAAGCUGGAUGAAACAGGAAUUUUUUUACUCAUAAUUUUGAGUACAAGCAAAGACGACACACGGACAAACUAUUGUUUAUUUCAAAUUAAGUGAAAAAUAAUUUAUUUUGCAAGUUACACCAUAUAUUACAAUUACAAUUUUUCAUUGUUCGAAACAGUACUGAAAGUAUUUUGUCAACUUCUUUAAGAUGCGGUCAGUUUUCUUUUUAACCGCUUCAACGAACCCAAAUAUUGUUCCCCGUUCCAGAAUCUUACAGUUUCGGCAAUUAUGGGAAUGCUAAACAGGCAGUCAGAUCCUUCGAUUGAUUUGUCAUCUAUUUUUGACGUGAAAGAGCAACCCAGGCUUGAAUCAUGCCUUCUCGUUCAACUUGAAAACGUUUAAACACGUAUGUUGCCAUACAUUCCCUUCAGUUUGAGUAAAGAUUGUUCCAAGUUUAAUGAACAAAUUAACUCUUCGUUACUCUAUUAUCACAUCUACAAUUUUUCGGCGAUGCUGCAACGCCCCACGAAAACUAGCGAAGAGGAACUGGGGUGGCUAGCGUUUGGCUCAUGGCAGUCUUACUAUUUUAUAGUCACACCUCGUAUUUGUAUUAAGAUUUUAAAACUACUACUCCAAACUGUAAGAUUCGGGUAUAAAUCGAAUCGGAAUAGUGUAAAAAACUUGGUCUAUACCCUUUGAGUAAACACAUUAAAUAAAUAGUCUGGGCUGAUUAUCGGAGAAUAGGCCAUUUUUGGGAAAAGUUAUUUACCAGCAAUUUUAUUGCUGGAACCGAAUCCUGUGAUUGUAUAUAUUAAUAAUAUAGGUAUGCAAAGUCCGCAGAUAGUGUGCUACUUUUUUUAUAAACAAAAUGGUGCCCGAAAAUCGUGCUUUUUUUUCAAAUAUUGCUCUAUAACUCGGAAGAUUUUAACUUUACAACAAAAACACCGCAAUUAAAUUCUGCAUAGAGAUAUGUUUUUCCCGAAAAUCUUUAAUUUUCAAAUAAAGUUUUAGAUAAGUAAUUGUCUACCAAUAAUUAAAUAAUGUGGUGACUUAGAAGCCUUCUUGGUUUAGAUUACAGUUCCAGAAGCUGGUGAAAAUUGAACGAAUAUUUUACCAACAAUUCAAUUGUUAAUUAAUAAUUUACGGUUGCAAUAAUAACCAAUAUAAUUAUGAUAAACUGAUCAAACUUUGAAAUCUUAUAAAGAUGAGAUGUCUAUUUAAUAUUUUGUCGACAAAAUAUAAAUUUUUUAUUUUUUUUGCAUAAUCUUUAAAUGUUUAAAAAAAUAAUUAUAAACAAAUUAACGUUUCUCAGAAAGUUUUUAUUAUAUUCUAAUUUUAAAAAAUAGUUAAAAUGCGUAUUUCAAAGAUCUUGAAAAUGUAUGCUUUAAAACUUUUUACGCAACCAUUUACAAAAAAGUUAUGAAACAGCAAAAUAAACAUACGAUUACUACGUUGUUUAUAAUUUUUUUUAAUUCUUUAAAAGCGUAAAAGUAAGUUUAAAGUACAAGCUAAUUAUUUACAAAAAAUAUCGAUUAUGAAUUUAAUGGUUAUAUUUUAAUUAAAGAUUAUAUAUAUUUUUUUGUAAUUUACACGCACGAAAGUAGACUAAUACAGUACCGUAGCUAAAAUUUUCACUCAAAGCGACGACCGCCGCGCGAUUACAGUAGUUAAUAAAUAAAAUUAUAUUAUUCAGUCAGUCGCUUCGAGUGAACAUUUUAGUUCCGGCUCUGUAUCAAGCUUACUUUCGCGCUAAAAAUUACAAAGAAAAAUAUUUUUAAUCUUUGAUUAAAAUAUAACCAUUGAACUAAUAUUUGAUAUUUUUGUGAGUAAUUAGAUUGUACCAUAGACUCACUUUUAAGCUUUGAAACAAUUAAAACAAAUUAUAAACAACGGAGCCAUCGUAUAUUUACUUUGCUGUUUCAUAACUUUUUUGCAAAUGGUUGGAAAAAAGUUUUAAAGCAUUCAUUUUCAAGACCUUUGAAAUAAGCAUUUUAAGUAUUUUUUAAAAUUAGAAUAUAAUAAAGAAUUUCUGAGAAAUGUUAAUUUGUUAUAACUAUAUUUUUUUAACAUUUAAAGAUUAUGCAAAAAAAAGAAAAAUUUAUAUUUUGUCGACAAAAUAUUAAAUAGGCAUCUCAUCUGUAUAAUCUUUCUACGUUUGAUCAAUGUAUCAUGAUUACUUUGGUUGUUAUUGCGACUGUAAAUUGUUAGUUAACAAUUGAAUUGUUGCUAAAAUAUUCGUUUAAUUUUCACCGGCUUCUGCAAUAAUUAUAAUCUAUACCAAGAAAGCAUAUAUAUUUCACCAAGUUAUUUAAUUAUUGAUAAAUAAUUACUUGCCCAAAAAAUUAAUUUGAAAAUUCGAGAUUUUUUUUGGGAAAACCCACAAUUUCCCAGGAAAAUUUUCGUCGGAGCAAAUCGGGAAAACAUGCCUCUAUGUAGAAUUAAAUUACGGUGAAUUUUUAUUUGAGUGUUUUUGGUGUAAAGUUAAAAUCUUCGGAGUUAUAGAGCAAUAACUAAAAAAAAAACACGAUUUGGGGGCGCCAUUUUGUUAAUAAAAAAAGUAGCACACUAUCUGCGGACUUGGCAUACCUAUAUUAUUAAUAUAUAGGAUCAUAGUAUUCGAUUACAGCAAUACAAUUGCUGGUAAAUAACCGUUCCUUGUACUUUGCUAAUUAGACCAUUAUAACUAUUUUUUUUUAUUUAUAGAUUAUGCAAAAAAACGAAAAAUUUAUAUUUUGUCAAUAAAAUAUUAAAUAAGCAUCUCAUCUUUAUAAUCGUUAUAAGUUUGAUCAAUGUAUCAUGAUUAUUUUGGUUAUUAUUGCGAUCGUAAAUUUUUAAUUAACAAUUGAAGUGUUGCUAAAAUAUUCGUUUAAUUUUCACCGGCUUCUGGAAUUACAAUCUAUACUAUACCAAGAAAGCUUUUAUGUCACUAAAUUAUUUAAUUAUUGAUAAAUAAUUACUUACCUAAAACUUUAUUUGAAAAUUAGAGAUAUUGUUGGGAAAACCAGCAUUUUCCGAGGAAAAUUUUCGUCAAAGCAAAUUGGGAAAAACAAAUCUCUGUGCAGAAUUUAAUUGUGGUGAAUUUUUAUUUGGGUGUUUUUGUUGUAAAGUUAAAAUCUUCGGAGUUAUAGAGCAAUUAUUGAAAAAAACACGAUUUUCGGGCGCCAUUUUGUUUAUAAAAAAAGUAGCACACUAUCUGCGGACUUUGCAUACCUAUUUUAUUAAUAUAUAGGAUCUUAUAAUUCGAUUCCAGCAAUAAAAUUGCUGGUAAAUAACUUUUCAUGUAUUUUGCUAAUUAGCCCAGAGUAAAAGAUAAAAUUGUAUUUAAUAAAAUUCAAAAUGUAAUCGAAUCUAAUCAAAUAGGUCAGAAUUAAUCACAAUUGGAUUGAUCAUUUGAAAUCGACAAUAUUUUAGGUCUAUCCAUGCUUUUCUAUUGAAAUAAACUUUAAUUUUAAGUGCGAUGUUCAAAAAAGGUAUUGAAGUAACUUUAUUAUCUAGCGCUCUCUGUAAUGAGUUUAAUGAACCUGAUGAUACCAAGAAACUGUAUAAAAACUGAAGUGUUAUUAGUAUUUAAGUCGAAAUGUAUGUCAGGUCAUUAAAGCAUUUUUCUAAUGAUAUUAAAUGGAUAAACUCUGUAUUAGUGUCCUAUCGAAAAAUUACAAAUAUAAAUAGCUACUUUUAUAUUAAGAAUUUUGUAAAUUGUGUUUCAUUUAUGAUGUAGAAUAGUUUUUAAUGAAAUAUGCCCAAACCAGUUUUAAAAAAAUACAUAAACAAUAUAUUUUAAGAUGCAACACUGAUUUUUUCCAUUUGUAUAUUUUUGUAGUGGAUUUUAAAAGGCAAACUUUAAGUUUUGUGUUUAGUGUAUUUGUAUCUUUUAAGUAAGAACCAACACCAAAUUGGUUUGUAUAUAUACCGAUAUAUUUUACCAAUACCUACAUGGGUAAUUUGAAAAAGUUUUGGCCUGAUGAGAAAACGACAAUAUAUGCUUUCAAAAAAGUCAUAUUGUAUAGCAUAAUCUCCUCAACAGCAAUAGUUUUCAUUCAGUAGUAUUUCAGUCUCUUUAACCACUCCUUGUAUUGUUUUAAAGUGCUGUAAAGUACUUAUUUUCAGUCGACAUUGCUUCUGGGUUGAAUCAAAGUAGGGAUGGCGGUUGUUGACAAAACACCGGUUUUCGGUUAUACCGGUUUUUUUACCUACGGUUUAACCUGGCGGUUAUAACCGGUCAAAAAACCGGUUAUUCCAAAAACCGAUUAUUCCAAAAACCGGUUUUCGGUUUUUUUAGUCAAUAGCCAAUACCCAGUAGGUUACAAUUACAUUGCUCUUUACUUUGCGAUACUCCAUUCGAAUUGAUAUCAGUCAUCAGUGUUGUCAAAUCGGUUUCAGUCAACUUAAACUUGAUCGUUCGCGUGCGAGCGGCGAAAAAUUUUCUUAUUUUUUCUCUGAAUUCAUUAUUUUUUCCACUUAUUCGGUUUUUCACCGGUUAUUACUUUAAAAUGAAAAACCGGUUAUAAUCGGGACAAAAAACAACCGGAAAACCCGAUUAUUGCGGAGUAAAAAAACCGGUUUUAGGUUAUAAUAUUUUGAGACUAGAACUACUAGGGAGAAUACGAUGGAUGUUGUACCACUUUAUAUGCUCCGGAUAGAUCCCCAAUUUCAUGGUUCCAAAUUCCAUUGCCCUGAUUGAAAAUAAUUUAUCGUUUUUUAAGUCGGUGCUUUUUUGAUCUGAAGAACCUAUUUGGUAGCCGGAAAUUAAUUUCGCUAGGUAUUAAACCGAAUUCGAUUGCUGAGAUUUUUUUAACGCCACACGUACUCAAACUACUUUUUUGAUUGUCUACAAACACUUGCCGUGUGGAACGACUUGCAAGUUUACGAGGCGACUACUAAUACGUGUAUCAACGUAAAUGAAAAAAUCCGACGAGUAUGGCUGCGAUCUGUUAGCCAGAUCAAGUACUUAUCAGGCCGCUUUAGUAGUACUGCAAAUAGGAAUAAGUCAAAGCUGAAAAUAGAGCCGGUUAUCCUUCAAGGAGGCAUUUUAUUCCUUUACUUGUAUCUUCCUCAUUCAAAUUCAUUUUAUUAUCCCUUUAAGUAACGUUAGAUCGUAGAUCAUUCAUAUUUUUACUCUUAAAUUAUUUUGUAGGUAUCAUCCAAUGUAUUAUCAUCCUAAAUAGUUUAAAUCGAUUAUUACAGGUCUCUAAAUAAAAUAUCCUAUUAGUAUCAUGUUUCAUCAAAAAUUUAAUAUUAUGUUAUCUAACUUGGUUAGGAGGUUAACCCGAAUAACGUUAAUUAUCUCCGUUUUCCUAAGAGGAAAUUCAGAAAAAAUAGCAGGAAAGUUUAUGGUAUGGUUUAUUGGACAUCACAUAAUUUUUGAAACUUUUCGUCCCAUUUUUAAAUACUUUUCCACAAUUUGAAGAGUUUUAAUUUACAAAACUUGCAGUAACAACGUAUGUUUUUAAAAAUAAACUUAAAGUAUGUAUUUUUUUGAUAGAACACCAUUUAUUUUACUGAUCAAAUACGACUGGUUUCAUAGAUUUUUGUUUAUAAUAAUUCAUAAUUUUGUGAUUAGUGAUACUUAGUAUUUUUGUGAAUAUUAGUCUGUAAAUUUUAAAUAGGCCAUGUACAUUAAGAAAUACUAUUUAUGAAUGUAUAAAAUAUUCUUCGACAAUA